UGAACAGGGUCAUAUGGUUGACCGGAAUUCUGCGAAUCGAGGACUUGGUUCCCGUUACAGCACAGGAAGUAUUCCCUAUCUCUAGCGCUUCCCGGGAAAAAUAUCCAGCUCCUGUAAGGAUAAAAUAUGUGGAAAAGAAUAAAUUUCAAUGGAUCGUAAUUCUGGACACACUUGCUUUUUACUCGGCCGCUUUAAAGUGUGCAGGUCGUGCAUUUCUUGAAAAUGUCUGACACGAAAAAGAAAGUUGAACUUUUUUACGCUGGUUUCUAUGUAUCAAACAUCGCAAAAUGCGCGCUUUUUAUCUUUUGUUUUGUGUACUUUGUCUGGUCUGCCUACGAAAUAUCAACGUUAAAAAGCGAAUUAAAGGAUCUUUCGAAAGUUGUAGCGUCCAUUUCUCCUGGAGGCAAGGAAGUUUCAAAGUCUUUUCAGCGUUCUCCCAGUUCCUUUGUAUCAUUGAGUCGUACUGUUCAGGUCACUGAGGAGUUAAGAAGGAUUCGACUGAAACGAGGCAUCGAAAAACAAAAGAAAAAGAGAAGGAGACAGAAAGGAAAAAAGCGAAGAAGAUGUAAAUGUCCUCCAGGGCCUGCUGGUCCCCAAGGUCCUCGUGGUGAAAAAGGGGAUACUGGUUUGCCCGGUGCAGCUUGCUCCGCAAGAGCUGCCCAUUUUGUGACUACUCCUCCCAAAGCAAAUGAUUGUAUCUUAGAGGAAUUCAAAGUUUAUUGUCCCGGGAACAGAACUUUCUGGAGUGCAAACAAGUCCGAACCUAUACCAUACUUUCAAGAAGCUAGAUGGAUGAAAUAUAAAAUAAACAAUUCAAUACUGAAAAUAAGAUCUGACAAAGGCAACUCCUUCGAAGUUCUUCAGUCGGGACUUUAUCUAAUGUAUGCCCAGAUAGAGAAAUUCACAAAGGAUCCCCGCGAGUUCUUCGGACUAUUUGUCACGGACAAAACUGAUUCGAACGAAAAACGAGUGUUUCACUGUGCUGAUAGCAUUGACAGUUACGAACACAGUGACAUUUCUGUUUUCUUCAAUUCGAAGGAAAAGACGUGCAAUAUGAUGGGUUUGCAAUAUUUGGAAAAGGGUGACAUACUUCGACUGAAAGUAGUUACAUCGAACACGGCUGUUACCAUUAGCCAGGAUAAAACUUUCUUUGGCGCAGUUUUGUUCUCAUGAUUUGAUUAGUUUUGAACCCCAAGUUUGAAGGAACAGAGAAGGAAAGGGUAGUUUCCAAUGAUGACUACCGAUAAACAAUAACAUAUCGUUGGAUAUAUUUUUCUUUUUUUUUUAUUUCAAAACUAUUUCGAUUGGGGGUCAAAGUCGUGUAAAUAUUAACUUUACUUGAUCUCAUGUGAGUGUAUUCUGUGAUAAAAAGAAAAAGUGAAUUAAGAAGUGUUUGAUACGGGUUCUGGUGAAUGAUAUAUAUUUUACUGUGCAAAGAAAUAUCCAUGUUUUUGUUUUCUUAUUGAAAAUCUUCUAUUAUGGAAAUCUUAUGAAUACACGACUGUUAUAUUUCAAUUAAAAGAAAAAUAAUAGA